AAUGUAGUCUGCUAGGCGUCGUAAACAUUAUUUUUGCAAUAAUUUGUGUAAUUUAAUUCGGGAGCUAUCUUGAUCUCAACCCAACCGGCUAUCAUAGCCGUUUUGCAUUGGUAAGCUUACGAUAGGUGGAAUCAAUUCAGCCCUGGUCUGCUAUUCUUAGUCAUAGAAAUGUGAUGAUGGGAAGAAACAAGAUUAUGAACACUUCGGUAAAAGAAACUUUAAAUUAUAGACAUAGCAUGUGAUUUUCUACCACUGAGCUCUAUCAAUAUGUCUUCAACAAUUAUGGAAGAUGCAGUCUAUCUCUUAAAUUCUCUCUUAUUGGGAGAAGACCCAACUGUGGAAGACUUUAUACUCCUUGUUGGGACAUGUGUAGCAUUCAUUGCAUUUAUUCUAUGGUGCUGUUUUCCUGUUGCCCCAAAGGAUUCUCCAGGAUAUAGAAGAGCAGACCCAUCGUAUAUUAAUUAGAUAAACAUUCUUUAUUUCUUAAAAGCAGUACAAAAAAGCAAGUGUACUGAAAACAUUUAAAUUUUGUUAAUGUUACGUAUACUUAUUUACUACUCUUUACAAAGAUAUGGAUGUUCAGAAACAGUUAAAAACUACCCCAGAAGCGCUACUGCAUUAAAUGCGCUUCAAUGCGCAUUGAAAUGCACAUAAAAUGUGACACAUUGGUGACACAUUACAUGCAAGUAGAGUGCACAAAAUGCGCAUUAAAUGCGUAUUAAAUGCUGUAAUAAUGUGCUUUAAAAGCAUCACCAAUGUGUCGCCUUUUAUGUGCAUUUCAAUGCGCAUUGAAGUGCAUUUAAUGCGGUUGGCGCUACUGGGGUAGCAAGCCGUAAAAUUGAGAGUAGUGAACUCCUUUACGUGUAGUCCUUCUCUCAGUUUUCUUUGUUUCUUUUUUUUUAAAGGAUAAUCAAUUCUAAAAGUUCAGUUUUUAAAAAUUUAUGUCUUUGAUGGUGGGUUUUACGUUAACUUGUAUUUAGAUAUAAAUUGCACAAACAGUGGUAUCUAAGCUAAGUAUCAAAUGUGCCAUACAUUUCUAGUUUUAAAAAAAAUGACUUUGUAUCCGUAAAUGGUACAAAAAAGAUCUCUUGAUGUAGACUGAUAUCAUUCAAAUAUGUUGAAAUGUUUGAGGACUCAUAUUGUGAACUAUGAUUAAGAUAUGGUAUCAUGUCUCAUGGACUUUUUCUUUUUGACUCAUUUGCUUACCUGAAAUGAUUUUGAAUUUUUCUCCAUUGAACGGCACAUGGGCAUGUUUAUUUAUUUAUUCAGGUCAGCUAACCGUUUUGGAGCAUUUUCCAAGAAACGUAUGGUUCCUUGAUGGGAAAAAUCUCACUUUGACUGAAUUUUUGCUAGUCUGAAGAUUUUUGAUCUUCCAAUGCUUCAGCAAUGUUGCUGUACAUUACACUAUGUAGGAUUAGGUUGUUUUACCUGUCAUUUUGUCUUCUUACAUUACUAGUCAUUGUAUCUUCAGUAAGUUUGUUUUUCAACUUACCUGUUAUUUUAUUCUUUACUUUGUUGAACUUUGCCGUGCAUGAAGCAUUCAACAACUUACACGUUGUUUGACUCUGAGAAUGCAAUCAUCAUGGUGUACUUUAAAUGACUUGACCUGUAAUAUUUUUAUACUGGCUGAUAAAGGAAAUGUGUGCUUGAGGUA